AUGGUUCAUUUUAUGUGGGUACGACUGUUUUUUGGGAUAAAUAUGGUUGAGUACUUGCGCUUUUUAUUGGACAUUGGCCUAGAUUGGAAAUGUCCAGCAUGUUGUAAUAUCAAUUGGCAGAAACGAGAAGCAUGUAACCAGUGCAAUGCACCCAAACCAGGCAUGAUUGGCGACCGUGAAGGCCGAGCUGGUGGGUUUAAAGAACGUGAUGAUGUGGUCGAGUAUAGAUCGAGUAGGUUUGAUACCACUGAAGACCAAUACGACGACUUUGGACGUGUGAGGAAAAAGUCGACUAAAAUACCCUCCAAGCCUAUUGCGACAACUCCUGCAAUCGAAGUGGAUGAUUUUGGAAGAAUCAAAAAGACGGUAGAUGUAGUUAAGCAAGACGAUGAUGAUGAUGAUGAAGAUGAUGGACGGUGGGCUGCACUUGAAGGAAUCAUUGAAGGGAAAAGCUUGGAUGGGCUAAAAGAUUCUGCUGCUUCAUCUCGCAGUCCAAGCGAUGAUCGUAGAUCCUCUCAUACAGGUGACGACCGUAGAUCUCGCGAUCGGUAUGAUGACAGAAAAAGUCAUCGUAAAGACUAUAGACGAGACGAUAAGAGAGAUGAUCGUCGCAACGACAGAUACCGAAGAAGUGAUGACAGACGACGCAGCCAAAGCCCACGUCGUAGAUAA